CCACUGAUUCUGGCAAGGUGGGAGUCAUUAUAGAUUUGCUAAGGAAGAUAACAAUGUUGGCCAGGUUGGUUAUUCUUUUGAUGCUUUAUAUGCAGCGUUGGAUGAUAUGACAUACAAUCGAACAUUAUCUUAAUCAACGUCGAAAAGAAUAUAUGCCUAUCUUAUCUAACUUUUGACUCCUAUGCAUAUUAUGCAUGUAUGACAAAUUUUAUUUUUUGUUUCGUCUUUUAAAAAACAAUGGAAAGAUUUAAAAUAUAUAUAAAUAUUGGGAUCUAAAUUGUAUCAAGUGUUUGGGUAAUUUAAUGUUAAUAAUAAUGAUUUUGGAACCAUAAGUUCAAAACAUCGAUACCCAGUUAGCUGAAAAAGAAGGAAAAACGUGUGCGGGUUUAAAAAAACCGAGCAAAGCUAAGCUAAAGGUAGUGGGCGUACGUGGAGGCGGGCAUCCCAUGUGGGAAAGACCAAACUCCAAAACCAAUUAACUUCCUUCUAGAAAUGACCCAAUGCAAUCAAUCAUGCGUCUCUCGUAGAAGACCCACGGUCUUACAACAGCCAGCUGCAGUUAGAAACCAUAACCCAAAAGAUCAGUGUUCCACUCCUCAUUAAACCUCUUUUCAACAAAGCACAACUCUUAUCUCUUUUUCUCCAAGGAGAAAGUGAAAAUGGCAGGGGACGAUGAUAUAGAGAACAGGGGAGGAAGGGUGAAGAGAAACGGGUAUAGCAACCACAAUACGAACAGUAGCAGCGCUUAUGCAUCUUCUUCAGCUUACGUUAUAGAAGAUACAGAUUCGCAAUGGACAUCGUGGUUGGUGCCUAUGAUCGUGGUGGCUAAUAUUGCUGUUUUUAUUGUUGUUAUGUAUGUCAACAAUUGUCCGGGGCACAGGCAUAUGAGACUUGUCGGCAAGUGUGUGGCCAGAUUUCUUGGGCGCUUUUCUUUUGAGCCUUUGAGAGAGAACCCUCUCUUUGGUCCCUCUUCCUCCACAUUGAAGAAGUUGGGAGCUCUUGAAUGGACCGAAGUUGUGGUUAAACAUCAAGGAUGGAGGCUUAUUACUUGCAUUUGGCUGCAUGCCGGUGUUAUUCAUCUUCUAGCCAACAUGCUGAGCCUGGCCUUCAUUGGUAUACGCCUUGAACAACAGUUUGGGUUUGUGCGGGUUGGAAUUAUUUAUCUCUUGUCAGGAUUUGGCGCAAGUGUGGUUUCUUCUCUAUUUAUCCGAAACAACAUCUCUGUUGGUGCCUCUGGUGCUCUUUUUGGGCUUCUUGGUGCAAUGCUUUCUGAACUUAUUACCAACUGGACCAUAUACACAAACAAGGCAGCAGCUUUUUUUACUCUUCUGGUCAUCAUUGCCAUUAACCUUGCAAUAGGAAUUUUGCCCCAUGUUGAUAACUUUGCUCAUAUCGGUGGCUUCACAACUGGGUUCCUCCUUGGCUUUGUUCUACUAUCUCGUCCUCAGUUUGGGUGGUUAGAGCGCCAGAAUCUUCCAGCUGGUACUCUUAUUAAGUCCAAGUACAAGCCUUACCAAUAUGUUCUGUGGUUGGUUUCCUUGGUGCUGCUAGUCGUAGGAUUGACAGUUGCAUUGGUAAUGCUGUUUCGGGGAGAAAAUGGAAAUGAUCAUUGCCGUUGGUGUCGCUAUCUAUCCUGUGUCUCCACUUCUAGAUGGGAUUGCAAUGGGAUCUAGCACUGCAUAAAGCUUCCAAUCUAUUUGGAGAUUUCUUUCUACAUUCAAUUUGUAAAUGCAUAACUAUAGCUUAUAAUUGUGAGUGGUGCUUUGUCUGCCUUUGCUUUCUUCUUUCUUUAAAGAUCCAAAGACUGCUAUUGCUAUUGCUUUUACACCUCUUUACUGAUGUAUUCUGAGUAUAUAUGAUGAAACCAUUCUCUCAUAGGGAAAAAAAUAUCCCAGCAUAUUAUGCUGAAAAGAAAAUGUUUAUAUGACAA